AUGGCUCCAAAACCAGAAGUGGGGACGGUUUCCUCCCCCAGGCUCGGUACGUUCAGUCCUUUUAAACCUCUUUAGACUUGUCAAGUUACUUCUCAUCUCUUAACCCUUUUCUUCUCGUGUGAUCUUGAUUAGAUGACAACACCUCCACUAAAGAUCUAGCCAUCCCGUCAGCGUACUCCACUGUGGACCUGGUGGAUGAGGACAAUGAUGCAAAUGAUCCAUGGGAUCUCCCUGCACUCAAAGACACAGGGGUGAAGUGGUCAGGUGAGACAUCACCUCCAUUCUUACAAUACAGUGUGCGUUCUUUAUCGCAACCAGACUCUGAUUUGGGGUUUUGUUUCCCUCCACAGAUUUGGACACAAAGGGGAAGAUUAUGAGAGUUCUGACUGGGAUUAUGAAGCUGGUCUUGCUGCUCAGCUUCCUCUACCUGUUUAUCUGCUCUCUGGACGUCCUCAGCUCUGCUUUCCAGCUUGUUGGAGGUAAAAAAAAAAAAAAACACAGAAACGUACUCUUAACCCUGGAUCUUUAUCAUGGCCUAAAGCAGCACAUGGUUUGUUUACAAAGUCCAUGGCAGUACAGCUUAUGUAAUGUGUGCAGAGUGUUUUUGACCCGUGGGUGUUUUUGUGAACAGGCAAAGCUGCUGGUGACAUCUUCCAGGACAAUUAUGUGUUGUCCAACCCUGUGGCCGGCCUGGUGAUCGGGGUAUUAGUCACCGUGUUGGUGCAGAGCUCCAGCACCUCCUCAUCUAUUGUGGUCAGCAUGGUGUCCUCUGGAUGUGAGUAGAUACACGACUGCAUUAUGAAGAUUCAUGCUCAUAACAAAGACUGUGCAUUUAUGGUGGGCCUAGCUCUGUGGCUACACAGGUGAAGUAAGUGCAAAGAAGAGAUGCAACACUUUCAGACUUUGACGGGUCUGUUUUAGUCUAGUCUAUUAUGGAUUAAUUUCACAACAAGACUAAUAUUUAAUGCACUAUGCCACUUUGUAGUUGUGUUGCAUUUAUUUACUUUGCAUCGUAAGCCCGACUUUACCUGCUGUUCCAUUGUUUGUAACCAACAUAUUUAACUCCAUAACUAACUGUUCAUUGAGUAGCUUUGAUCUAAUGUGACUCCACUCAGUUAUUAUACAUAACCUGUACUUCUGCUUAGUACAGAUGCUGCAUUAAGUUUGAUGCAUUUGACCUUCUAGCUGUAAGUUUUGUACAGCAGGUUUUGCAGACGUAUGAUCGUGUGACCUUAGAUAACUCUCUUGUUCUUGGUGAAUCCAAACUGCUCCCAAACUGCUGACUAAACUCACUUUUUUGCUUUGGAUGCAACACUUUGCAGUUUUGUCCCUCUGCCAUAAAUAAACUAAUGUGGCAUUGCUCUGUGUCUCUUACUAAGCACAGCACAUUAAUCUGGUGCACCGCAGGCAUCAUCACAUUAAUGUUGAUUUGUGCAGGCUGCAUCAAAAAUAACGCACCAAUCCUUUUCGGAAAGCCAAAAUACUCACAAUCACUAGUUUCAAGUCUUUAUCUUUCUGUUAACAAUAUGAUAUUUUUUUGAGAGACAGGCUAUGAUUUUGUACUCCAAGCAAAUUAAAGCUACCUUGUAAUUAUCAAUGAACCUCCUCCCCAAGUAACCUUAAAAUGUUGUUCAGUUGUAGCAAAGACACUAAGAAGCAGAGAUGUUUGCUUUUCACCAUGUAACUACCUUAAGUUUAAUGCAAAUGUUGUUGCUCACCAAAUUAGCAGUAGGGCUGUAACAAUUUUCAACUUCCCAAAACUGUGGCCCAAAAAAAUUCCGAACAAAUCUAUGAUCAUGAUAUUUAUGGAAAACUUAGAUUUGAUGAGCAGGUGGUUUCAGCCAAUACAUGGUGCAGGUAGCCUUCCUCUGCUGCUGCCUGUUGUUCAUCUUCCCUGUUUUUGGCAGGUGGAAACCUGCUUAAAGAACAACUACUGCCUCCCACUAUUAACCAUUUGCUGUAUUACUUUACAUUUAAGUAUUUUAGUAUUAUUAUAACUGGUAUACGGUGACAGCCUUAAUUGGCAUCUCAAUUAAUGUCAUAGCUACCAAGCAGUGUGAAUUAACAUUGCUAGAAUUACAGUAAGCUAAACAGUAAGUUUUUCCCAACUGCUGGUUCUCCUAGUUUUCACCUAAUUUUGCCACUUUGGUCAGUUCUGUCCCACAAGAAAGAAAAAGAAAGAAAGACAGAAAAACAUACCUGUAAAGGUCUCAAUGCAGCAGUCCACAAACAUGUAAGGCUACAGAAACAGUCUACAGAAUACGUUAGCAGGAUGCCUCGGUGUUCAUUUAAAUGUUACCUGUUUUCCUCAGUGCUGGAUGUGGAGUCUGCGGUGCCAAUCAUCAUGGGUGCCAACAUCGGCACAUCUGUCACUAACACCAUUGUGGCCGUGAUGCAAGCAGGAGACCGAAAUGAGUUCCGCAGGUAAGUAAGACCCCGAAGUGUUAACACCGUGACAUCAUGAAAGACCACAAAAGUCAGUGUUUGAUUCUUGUUUGUUGCGGUGUUUCUUCACUCCUAGGGCAUUUGCUGGUGCCACCGUCCACGACUUCUUUAACUGGCUCUCUGUGCUAGUUCUUCUGCCCCUGGAAGCUGCCUCAGGUGUUCUGUUCAAACUCACUGACCUCUUAAUCAAGUCCUUUGACAUCCAGACCGGAGAGGAUGCCCCAGAAUUGCUUAACGUCAUCACAGACCCUCUGACAGACUCCAUCAUCCAGGUAAAGCCAGAAACAUAAGAAGAAUGAACAUUUUUACAGUUAACUCAGGUUUAUGUUAAAUUAGAGUGAGGCGUAUUUCCAUCAGAGAACAGACAUAAACAAUGAGUUAUUGGCACAAUGUCUCUUUAUAGUUGAGAAUAAGACAAAUCUCUAACAAAUCACACAUACAAACCAGGCAGAAAUGGAUUAUGGCGUGCAAUUUCAUUGUAAAUUUUGGUUAAGUUUAUAAAUAAUGUGUAGCUUCACCCUUCAAUUUGACUGAUGGUGUUGUUUUAUUUCAAGCUUCUCGAAAAACAUUGCAUUAUUGUAAUUGUGAUAUGAAGCUCAUCAUUGUUAAGCUAACUUUGAACUUUUACUCAGUCUCUAUUUUUUAAAGUGUAUUUCUCGGCUUCUGGUGGAAACACAAGAAUCUGAAAAGAAAUGAGAAAGAAAAUGCAUUAACAUCUACAAAAAAAAUGUGAAUUUUAAAUGAGAAGUAUAAAAGGUCCUAGUUAUGAUCCCUGAGGCACACCACAUGCUUUACUAGCGUCUUGCAUUAUUAAUGUAAAAAGUCCUUUUUCCUGUGUUUUGCUUGGUUUAGUUGGACAAAUCUGUGAUCACAGGCAUUGCAACGGGUGACCCAGAGGCCAGAAACAAGAGUCUGAUCAAAAGAUGGUGUAAAAUAAGUAUAAACACGGUAAGGGCCACAUCACGGGUAAAAAUAAUGACUUUGCCUUAUGCUGAAAAUAGCACAGUAGCCCUGAAAACAUGUGAUAAUCCUGUGGUUAACCUGCUUUUGUCUCUUAAUAACUGAUAUUGUCCUCAUUCUAUACUGACCGCUGUGAUCCUGUUGUUAGAUCAUACUUUGAAGGCGUGUUAUUUCAUGAAAGGUGUGUGGUCAUUUAAAGAUUAUCUCUGCAUUGUGUUUUUAAAGCUUUUUUUCUGCCUCUCAGACUUUCUGGAAUGAAACAGUGGAUAACUGCCCUGCUGGUAGUAACUGCUGGGAGAGCGGAAACGAGACCUGGAUCCAGCUGAACUCGAGUGUGACCGAAAACGAGGAGAGAUGUAAGUGUGCUUCCAUUAGUGGAGGGAAAAAAACCUUUACAAAGCAAUUAGGAUUACCUGAUUCGCUGAAGCUCGGUGAAAUGUGAGACACAGCAACCCUCUUCACGCAGACCUUCUGAUAGAUGGACAAUGAAUACCUUUGAGUCCUUGUAGUGACUCAGCAAAUUCCUCCCUUGACCCGUCUGCCUGCUCAAUAGGUCUAUUCAUGUUUUGUCUUUAUAGCACUACAAAAUGGAUAACCUCCAAGUAUUCUGUUCACAGACGACUUAGAAAAGGCUUUUUUUCUCAAAUCACACAAAAACAUCCCUAGUUUGCUUUUAAACUACAAGAAAAGACUAUUUCUCCAUUAAAUGCUCUUUUACAAGCUCUAUUUAUCAAAAAAGCUCUGCUAUAAAAUGACUCACACACGAAGCUGUUUUAGCCAAUGCAAACCCUAAAGUGGACUCUAAUGUAAAUCAUCUCUUUACAGGCGAUCAUAUCUUUGCUUACUCUGGCCUCCCUGACCUGGCUGUAGGCCUCAUCCUCCUGGCUCUGUCUCUGCUCAUCCUCUGCGCCUGCCUCAUCCUCAUCGUCAAGCUGCUCAACUCCAUGCUGCAGGGGCAGGUGGCUGUGGUCAUCAAGAAGGUGCUCAAUACAGGUACUAAGAAAGACAUCAUAUCCUCUCUGCAACCUGUUUGAUAGUCGGCACAUCCUAUUCAGUGGUGAUGCUUGAUGAGCAACACAGGCACAGCCUCUCCUGGUGUCUCUGACUGGUCUCCAGGUCCGCUCGUCCUGAUUGAGACAGACAGAGCUCAGGCACAGACACUGCGCUGAUAAAAACUCCCGCUUGCUAGUCACUUCUUUAGGUUUAUUGCUCACCAACAACAUAUCUGCUUCAUUUCAGACUUCCCCUUCCCCUUCUGCUGGGUAACUGGAUACAUCGCCAUUCUUGUGGGAGCAGGAAUGACAUUUAUUGUCCAGAGCAGCUCUGUCUUCACAUCAGCCAUCACUCCUCUUGUUGGUAAGUCUUCACCCAAGUCUUUUCUAAUACUUCCUCCGUUACUCCUCAUCAUCAUGACUUACAUUUGAAAAAUCCUCCUUUACCAGGCAUUGGCGUAAUUAGCCUGGAGAGAGCCUAUCCUCUGACUCUGGGGUCAAACAUUGGCACAACAACUACUGCUAUACUUGCUGCUAUGGCUAGUCCUGGAGAAACACUAGCCAACUCCUUACAGGUGAGAUGCUUUACCCGUGGUGCAUGGGUUUGUUUAUGCUUAUCAAUGUUGAUUCCCUGUCUUCAUUAGCCAUAAAUGCUCACAUCUACUUAGACAUAAAAACUGCGACUUGAAUAUUAAAGUACCAAAUCGGGCUCUCAAGCUGUGCAGCAAGUAAAAAGACCAAUAAAGUCUGUGUGUGGUUGCAGGAUGACAUUUUUUUUAUAUAGAAUACUACCUUGCAAUUUACAGGACGAGCUCAGUAAAGUGAUGCUCAUCUAAGCCUACACCAACACCAAAAGUUCCUGACCAUGACUUUAAGUUUUGGCUUUGUUAUAUUAGAUGAAAAUUUGAUAAACGUGCUGUUAAAAACUUGCAAAUAAUUGUCACAUUAUUAAAGGACAUUGUGAUGAGUUAAAGUUCUUCAAACGUUAGCUACUGUGCUAAUGUUAGGUUUGCUUUGCCACAUACAAGGUUGAUUUAACGCUGUUAUUCUUGUCUUUUGUGUCUUCUUUGUCUUAGAUUGCACUUUGUCACUUCUUCUUCAACAUCUUUGGGAUCCUGCUCUGGUACCCCAUCCCCUUCAUGCGGAUUCCCAUCAGGUUGGCCAGAGGUCUGGGUAACCGCACGGCUAAGUACCGCUGGUUCGCUGGCCUCUACCUCUUCCUCUGCUUCCUGGUCAUGCCUCUGACUGUGUUCGGCUUGUCCCUGGCUGGCUGGCAGGUCUUGGUGGGCGUUGGUGUGCCACUUGUAGUGCUGCUGAUCUUUGUGAUCGUUGUCAAUAUUCUGCAAAGUCGCCGCCCACGAUGCCUACCCAAAAUUCUCCGCAACUGGGAGUUUUUGCCCAGACCUUUGCACUCCAUGAAACCCUGGGACUCUGUUGUGACCUCAGGUUUGGGCUUCUGCAGGAGGCGCUGCUGCUGCUGCUGCCGAUGCUCCAAGUGCUGCAGACAGCAGGAUGAGGAGGAGCUGACAGGCCAUGGCAAAAGGAACCUGCAGAUGUACGACAAUCCUACUCUGACACCGGAUGAUGAACUGAAGGUUGCCAAAGCCACACGUUUGUAAGAUUAUUAAGUUAAAUUAAAACAAAGUCAAUGCAGUACUGUUUGAGGGAAACACUGGUAAUUGUUCAUCACUGCUCGGGUCCUGGUGUGUUGAUGAUUUGUCGGAUAAGCACUUUCUGUUAAACUUUCCUGCUGGAGAACAUGAACACAAGUGUUGAACAUGUUUUUAUCAACCUGCUGUUUCUGUAAUGUAAUGUUUUUAAUGUGUUCUUACUCAAACUUCACCUACAAGUGGCUCCCAAUUCAUUUUUUGUAUUUUAUAUGAAGUGUGUAAGAGACGUUUGGUCUUAUUUUAUUUGAAUUUUAAACUUUUAAAUUUCAAAAAUGUAAUGUAGCAUUUGAAUAUUUGUUAUCCUGCAGUAUUUAAGACUCUAAAAUAUUUGUAAAUAAAGAAAUUGAUAUUUUUAA